AAAAUGUCUGCAAGCCCGUCCCCGUCCGCCGGUGGCGAUAGCAAGCCCAGUGAUCAGAUCCAUUUCCGCUUCUGUCGCGAAUGGUAGGUUUCCCUCGAUAGACAUCCGACUGAACAUGUGCUAACAAUCGGUAGCUCCAACUUGCUUUAUCCGAAAGAAGACCGCAUCAACAACCGGUUGAUGUUCACCUGCCGAACCUGCCACGUCGGCGAGCCCGCGACCUCCUACUGCGUCUACCAAAACAAGCUGAACACCCAAGUCGGAGACACAGCUGGUGUGACUCAGGAUGUGGGAUCUGAUCCUACGGUUUGUCUCCCGGGUUUCUGUACUCAUUGUGGGGAGGAGAUCACCUGCUUCGUCUGUGACUCGUCAUCCGAGGACUCCUUGUCCGAAGAGGACUAUGACGGGUUCUCGUUGGCAUAAGACCCAGCAGGUCUCGUGUCAUGGAUACAUUCUAAGAUGUCUUGAAAUUUCCGUGGCUAAUACACACUCUCAUUAGCUUCCACGAUCCAACAAGCUCUGCCCGAGCUGCGGCGAAGCCGAAGCAGUCUUCUUCCAGUCCCAACAGCGAUCCGCCGAAACGGGAAUGAAACUUUACUACGUCUGCUGCGCGUGCGGCAAUGUCUUCGUCUGAUUCU